AUGAAAGGUUUAUUUGCAAUUAACAAACCUCGUGGAAAAACAUCCGCUGACCUUUUAAACACACUCAAAAAAGCCCUCGGUAAAAAACCUGGAGUUUCAAGGUCAAACAUAAAAUUAGGCCACGGUGGUACUUUAGAUCCAUUAGCAACUGGCGUACUAGUCGUCGGUGUUAAUGGUGGCUGUAAGGAAUUGUCGAAAUAUUUAAAAUGCAAUAAGGUUUAUUCUUCGGUUGGUUUACUUGGUUAUUCGACAGACACUUAUGAUUCCGAAGGACAAGUAAUUGGAACUGGACCUACUUCACAUAUUACUAAAGAAAUGUUGGUAAAAUUAUUACCACAAUUUACAGGAGAAAUAAUGCAAAUUCCACCCUUGUAUUCUGCACUGAAAAUGAAUGGUCAACGUCUUUGUGAUUACGCUCGAAAGGGCAUUGAACCGCCAAAAAAAAUAGAAGCUCGGAAGGUCAAGAUUCACUCAUUGUCACUAUUGAACUUCACCACUAAACACAAUUAUCGACCACCGGAGAGGGAUUUUCAUGAGACUGAACGAGAAGCUUCUUUGAACUUCCCAGUAUUUAAAAUACAAAUUGAAUGUGGAGGAGGAACUUAUAUUCGAUCAUUAGUUCACGACAUUGGAAGAGGACUUAAUAGUGAAGCACAUGUUGUAGAAUUAGAAAGGUUGCAACAAGGGGAUUUUAAAUUAGGAGUAAAUACUAUCGAAUGGAAUGAUUGUUUAAAUGUAGAUAGUAUCACUGAGGCUUUAGAAAAGUACAAUCAGACGCUUUUUAAUGAAAAGUCGUGA